CAAGUCAUCUCGCGUUGUGGCUCCGCCUCCAGAGAGGGUGGUUUCUGUGCAGCGGGGUCCAGAGCGGUGAGCGAGUCUUUCUCAGCUGCACGGAGGCUGGACCCUGAGCCUCUAAUCCCCUUGGUCCCAGCUUCCAUCUGCUCAGCACCAUGCCACUCGCCCGCAGCCUCUCGGUGACCUCUUUGACGGGACUGGAGGACUGGGAUGAUGAACUGGACCUGGAGAACGCCAUUCUUUUUGAGGUGGCUUGGGAAGUGGCCAAUAAAGUUGGUGGGAUCUACACCGUGAUCCAGACCAAAGCCAAGAUUACCCUGGAUGAGUGGGGUGAGAAUUACUUUCUGAUUGGGCCUUACCUGGAGCUGAAUGUCCGCACACAGGUGGAGCUCAUAGAGCCACCCAAUCCCGCUAUCCGCCGCACCAUGGACUCCAUGAACGCGAAAGGAUGUAAAGUUUAUUUUGGUCGCUGGCUGAUUGAGGGGGGACCCUAUGUGAUUCUCAUUGAUAUUGGGGCCACAGCCUGGAGCUUGGAUCGUUGGAAGACGGAACUGUGGGAAAGCUGCUCUAUCGGAAUUCCCUGGUAUGAUCGCGAGGCCAACGACGCCGUUCUCUUUGGCUUCCUCACGGCCUGGUUUCUGGGGGAGUUUGCUGCUCAGUGUGAAGAGAAGCCGUUCAUCAUUGGUCAUUUCCAUGAGUGGCUGUCUGGAGUUGGGCUUUUCCUCUGUCGGAUCCGUAAACUUCCAGUGGCAACCAUCUUUACCACCCACGCCACCUUGCUUGGACGCUACCUGUGUGCAGGCAGUGUGGACUUCUAUAACAAUCUGCCAAAUUUUAACGUGGACAAGGAAGCAGGAGACCGGCAGAUCUACCACCGUUACUGCAUGGAGCGUGCAGCUGUCCAUUGCACACACGUUUUCACCACUGUCUCUCAAAUCACAGCUGUGGAAGCUGAACACCUGUUGCAGCGAAAGCCUGAUAUUGUGACUCCCAACGGUCUGAAUGUCAAGAAGUUCUCUGCCAUGCAUGAAUUCCAGAACCUCCAUGCACAGAGCAAAGCACGUAUCCAGGAGUUUGUUCGAGGUCACUUCUAUGGGCACCUGGACUUCAACCUUGACAAGACCAUUUUUUUCUUCAUCGCUGGACGCUAUGAAUACUCGAACAAAGGGGCUGACAUUUUCUUGGAAGCUCUGGCCCGGCUUAACUAUCUGCUGAGGGUGAACGGCAGCCAGACCACAGUGGUGGCGUUCUUUAUAAUGCCAGCCCGUACAAACAACUUCAAUGUUGAGACUUUAAAAGGCCAGGCUGUCCGCAAGCAGCUCUGGGAUACAGCUAAUGCAGUGAAAGAGAAGUUUGGCAAGAAACUCUAUGAAUCGCUGCUGGUGGGGAAUCUUCCUGACAUGAACAAAAUGCUGGAUAAAGAGGAUUUCACAAUGAUGAAGAGAGCCAUCUUUGCCACCCAGCGGCAUUCAUUCCCCCCAGUCUGCACUCACAACAUGCUGGAUGAUUCCACUGACCCGAUCCUCAACACCAUCCGGCGCAUUGGCCUCUUCAACAGCAGCGCAGACCGUGUCAAGGUUAUCUUCCACCCAGAAUUUCUGUCUUCUACUAGUCCACUCCUUCCUGUUGAUUAUGAGGAAUUCGUUAGAGGCUGCCAUUUGGGGGUGUUCCCUUCUUAUUAUGAGCCAUGGGGCUACACACCAGCUGAAUGCACCGUCAUGGGGAUCCCGAGCAUCUCCACUAACCUCUCUGGCUUUGGCUGCUUUAUGGAGGAACACAUAGCAGAUCCAUCUGCCUAUGGCAUCUACAUCCUUGACCGGCGUUUCCGGGGCUUGGACGAGUCAUGUACGCAGCUGACCUCUUUCCUCUACAGCUUCUGCCAGCAGACACGGCGGCAGCGUAUCAUCCAGCGGAACCGCACAGAGAGGCUUUCUGACCUCUUGGAUUGGAAGUAUCUGGGCAGGUAUUACAUGUAUGCCCGGCAUAUGGCUCUAGCAAAGGCAUUCCCUGACAACUUCACCUAUGAGCCGCGUGAACCAACGGCUGCCCAGGGCUUCCGCUACCCACGCCCAGCCUCGGUGCCUCCGUCUCCCUCCAUUUCCCGUCACUCUAGCCCACACCAUAGUGAGACGGAAGAGGAUGACGAGCGGUAUGAUGAGGAAGAAGAGGCAGAAAAGGACCGGCAGAACAUCAAGCCCCCAGCCAUGAUGGGCCCUGUCCCCGAGUGGCGCAAGCGCUCCAAGAAGGGCUCAAGUGAAGCCAGCACCUCCUCCAAUGCCAGCACCCCGACCAUCCCCAGCAGCCCGAGUGACCUCAGUAGCCCCACCAACUCUCUGAUCGAAGAGAAGAAUUAGUCCCGUCAAACGCUGAGCCAGCUCGCACUCCCGCUCUUUCCCACACCUCCCCUGCCCCACGGCCUCAGUUACGUCAGCUGUGCCCCGUUGCUGGUUUCUGGUCCUAGAGUGGUCUCUAGUGUCCUAGAGUGUAGGUUCUACAGCCGAGGAGGGGUUCCAGGCUGGUGUGUUUUUAAACAUUUGCUCCCUUAAGUUUAUCUGCUCUGGAGGGCACCUGGGAAGAUCCUCACCUACGCACACAUUUUGGAAUGGGUCAGAAGGCUGCCCUUUGGCGCAUUCUAGAAUGUGAGGUGCGUCUUUAUGUUCACUUGGGCGUCCACUGUCAGGCGGUGCCUCUCCCCCUGCCCGGCUCUCCUUCAGGUACAGCCUAGAGGCCCAUGUGCUGCCGUCCUUUUGGGAGGAAGGAUCUGAAUGUGUACAAGAGCACUGCUGUGUAAAGUGGGGGGGGGGGGGGGGGCGAGAAAAUGGGAGGGUUUCUUGAGAGUGACAUAGAGUGAUCUUCAUGGUUCUUGAUGCUGCUGGCUGAAACUGUGGCUGGGUAAGUCUGUGGUCUAGAAACAGAGCUACACUCCCCCACCGCAGUCAGGUAUCACUGACUCCAAAAUGAUUGAGCCUUUUUAAAGAAUGUUCAUAGGACAAGGUUUUGAAAACCAGAAUAGAGUUCUUGAUCCUUUUUUUUAUAUAUAACACUAGGUUGUUGAUGUAAGGGUUGGAUCAUGCGAAUGCUUGUUCCAGAGCAUUCCUCAGCGAGGUUAUAUUACGCUCUGGUAUUCCAGGGAAGCCCAGUGCUUGUGCGGGGCCAGAAACUUCUGUUAAAAAGUGCGUGCCUGCUCUGCUCUGCUCUAAAUGGGAUGCUGCCACGCAUCUUGAAUAAGUCAGCACAUUCUUGUCUCGCUUCUUCUGGACUGUUUUUAUUGAUGGAGUUGGUGAAAUCAUUCAAAGGGGAAGGGCUCUAGAAUGAGAAACUGCAAGAAGAGACUAACAUUUUGGAUGUGUGUCCCUUUGGAAAUAUGCACAGCUGAAGGAAGGUCUUGCAAUUAGAGGAGCGGUCCGCUUGUUCAAUGGCACGUCCACCUGGGAAUAUUAAGAGGUUUUUCAUGGUUGCUUUGGAACCUUUUAAGGCAAGCAUUGCAGUUUAAAGUCAACGGUUAAAGGAAGUAUAGUGUUGUUCUUGACAUGGUCAAGAAGUCCUUGGUCUUGGUCCUCCUUUCCCAACCUGGUGCCCACUUGUGUUGUGUUCUACUUGUGUUGGACUAGAAUUCCCAUUAUCCCUAGCCAGCAUUGCUGCCAGGGAAUUUAGCAUUUGAACAAAACCCUAUUUUUUCAUAAAGUGAUAAUGGGGGAGCUGAAUAAGUGUGGAGCUGAAAGAAACCUAGAACUGUGUGAAUCACCAAGUAGUUCCACCAGAGGAAUAGGAGAACCAAGAGAGGACUCCAUGGAUGGCUUUUUCUGGAGUGAUACUUGUAGGCUGAUAACUGUGCUCAUCCCAAUGGAUACUUGAGAGCAUUCUGGUACCAUUCAAAGUGCAAUAUUAUUCGUCUGUAAUUUUUUUAAGUGCCAUGGUGAAUUUAAUGAGGAAGGACCACUGCUUGUUUAAAACCGAUGGAACAAGCCAGAGGAGAGUCGUCUUGCUUCAAGAAUGGAAAGCUACAGGCACCCAUUCUAUAAGCUGGUCUUCCUCAACCCAGCACCUUCCAAAUGUAUUGAGUUAAAACUCCCACCAUUUCCACUGUGCAGAACUGGAAGGCAGCAGCUUGGGGGAGGCUUACGGAGGCCAGGCAUGAGGAAGAAGGCAGAUCUCAAGAUGUUUCGGACUUCAGUUCCCAUCCUUCUAAAAACUUCUGGAGAUCAAUCUUCUGUUCAUGCCUCCUACAGUUGAGAAUGUAUACAAUAUCUGGGGUGCUUCCUUGAUUUCUCUUGCAGGAAGGUAAGCAGUUCUGAAUUACGGGUGUUCCUAAGAGCAUAUCUGAACAUUGUGCAUUAAAAUGUGCCAAAACCUGUCAUGCAUUUUUCUAGUGGUACACAGCACUCGGAGUAAAAGACAAGCUGCUAGGAUGCAGUCCCUUCAAGCCCUUAAUGCUUCUUGUUCAAAUGGCUGUGCCAACCUCGCACCCCUCAGAUGGCCAUGAGUGGAUGGAAAUUAUGGGAAUUGCAAUCCAACACAUCUGGAGGGCACCAGGUUGGAGAAGCCUGGACUGUGCUGCCUAAAUGUGGGCUCCUUGCAGCCCUCGUCUUAGGAGUCCUGGAUCACCUGCCAUGAUCGUUGAAAUCAACGUAUGCCAGAAUGUUCUGGACUGCUGUGAUGCCACCUCGUCAUGAAGAGUUGUGAUGCGCUUGUGGAGGUGUAGGACAGUCUGAACAAAUGGCCCCUCUUGCACAGGCAAGCAGAGGGAAGGCCACUGAAAGAUGCAUGGCCUACUGUAAGUGAUCCAUCGAAAUUCUGUCUAGUACAAGAGAGGAAGCUACUUCAAGAGUGGAGCAAAUGCCAGCACGCAAAGAGACCGCUCAGUUCUGCAUCUUUUCCCAAACUCUUGGUAUCAGCAGCAAGGAAAAUCACUUUUAAAAAGACUUUUUGUGUGGCCUAGGCUAUUCCUUCUCAUGAUGCCUCCUGUUUGCUUGACUCAUGAACCACAUCUUCUCCCUAUCUCCCCUGCUCUCGGUUCUCUUACUCGGUCAUUUAUGAAGGAAUCUUCUUGGUUUAAGGCUUCAUGAGGCAAUGACCCUGUUUUCCUCCCCCACUGGUACUCCUGUCUUGUAGAAUUUAUGGCUGUUGAAAAAUGCUUGAGAUCUUUAGCAUCUCUCUUCCUCAUCUCCCAUUCUGGUGUGAAAAAAGUCCAAACUAUGACAAACAAAAGUUUGUGUGUGAGACAAUCAAUUCAAUUAUUUAUGAAUAAAUUUUGCUUUGAAGAAACUA